AUGUGGUUGAGACGUGCUGCUGAGUUGGGUGGGCUAGGGGUCCUCGACUUGCAGCGCUUCAACAACGCUCUGCGGCUGCGGUGGAUUGGCAAGCGAAGACUGGGACGAAUUAACCAUGGAAGGGGUUUGUUGGAACCUGCAUCCACCACCAAUCAGGCCCUUUUUGCUUACAGGACCGAGGUCACAUUUGGGAAUGGGAAGACGGCCAGCUUCUGGACGGUGGCGGAGGCGAUAUGCAAUGACCAUUGGCUUCUGGACCUGCGCGGGCGGGUCUCCCCGGGGCUCCUCCCCGAUUUCGUCAUGCUCAGGGAGGUAGCGAGGAGCUGCACACUAGCCCCGGACACAGAAGACGCCUUCCGUUGGAGGUCGCCAUCGGGCGCCUACUCCGCGACCUCCGCGUACGCGCUACAGUUCGAUGGGACCGAGCAAUCCUCGCUUCGCCACAUCUUGCCGGUCUGGGCACCUCCCAAGUGCAAGUUCUUCGUGUGGCUACUGCUGCAGCCGUCGGAUCUUCACCGCCGAUAG